AUGGCUUUCUCCAACUUGGUCACCGAUUUACCCGUCAAGGGGAAAACGUACAAAUUCUACGAUUUGACCGCAUUGAACGAUCCGAGAUAUGAAAAACUCCCAAUCUCCAUUCGUUACCUUCUCGAGGCGGCCGUUCGCUAUUGUGAUGAUUUUCAUGUGAAAAAGGCCGAUGUUGAAACGAUUCUGAACUGGGAAGAGAUGCAAACGGCUCAAGCCGAGAUUCCGUUCAAACCGGCGCGUGUCAUUCUCCAGGAUUUUACCGGAGUACCAGCUGUGGUCGAUCUAGCCGCCAUGAGAGACGCUGUGCAACAAAUGGGAGCCGAUCCAGCGAAGAUCAACCCGGUUUGCCCGGUCGAUCUUGUCAUUGAUCAUUCCGUUCAAGUUGAUGCUUAUGGAAGUCUUGACGCUCUUGCGAAGAAUCAAGCGAUCGAAUUCGAGCGAAACAAGGAACGCUUCAAUUUCUUGAAGUGGGGCUCAAAAGCUUUCGAUAAUCUCCUCAUCGUUCCUCCUGGAUCGGGAAUCGUUCAUCAAGUGAAUCUCGAGUAUUUGGCGAGAACCGUUUUUGCGGACAAGGAUAAUAUUCUCUAUCCGGAUUCGGUUGUUGGCACUGAUUCACACACGACGAUGAUUGACGGAUGCGGUGUUUUGGGAUGGGGAGUCGGUGGAAUUGAGGCCGAAGCGGUCAUGUUGGGACAGCCGAUUUCAAUGGUUAUCCCCGAGGUGGUCGGAUAUGAGCUGACCGGCACUCUUCCAUCAGUCGCCACAAGCACUGAUCUCGUUCUCACAAUCACUAAGAACCUUCGUGAUCUUGGUGUCGUCGGGAAAUUCGUCGAGUUCUUUGGCGAGGGAUGCGCCUCAUUGUCGAUCGCUGAUCGUGCCACUAUUGCGAACAUGUGCCCAGAGUACGGAGCCACCGUCGGUUUCUUCCCGGUCGAUAAGAGAACGAUUGAUUAUCUGCAUCAAACUGGCCGCGAAGAGGAGAUGAUCACCCGCACUGAGGCCUAUCUCCGCGCCAAUAACCUCUUCGUCGAUUACGCGGAUCCGAAUUUCCGUCCUAACUACACAACGGUUUUGAAAUUGGAUCUUUCGACGAUUGUUCCCUGUGUCUCGGGACCGAAAAGACCGCAUGACAGAGUCGAUCUUGACAAAUUGCAUAAAGAGUUUAACGAGGGUUUGGGAGCGAAGAUCUCGUUCAAAGGUUUUGGCUUGAAACCGGAAGAAAUCUCGAAAUCGGUGAAAAUCUCCGUUGACGGUCAUGACACUCAUUUGGAGCACGGAUCGGUUGUGAUCUCAGCGAUCACCUCGUGCACAAACACGUCCAAUCCAUCGGUGAUGCUAGCGGCUGGAUUGGUGGCAAGAAAGGCUAUCAAAGCCGGUCUCAAAGUUCCAUCAUUUGUGAAAACGUCACUCUCGCCGGGUUCCGGAGUUGUCACCAAAUACCUGGAAGCAUCGGGUCUUUUACCUGAUCUGCAAAAGCUUGGGUAUCACAUCGCUGGUUAUGGCUGCAUGACAUGCAUCGGAAAUUCGGGACCACUGCACGAGGCGGUUUCAGCCGCCAUUGAAGAGAACAAUCUGGUCGUCUCGGGCGUGCUCUCUGGCAAUCGGAACUUCGAGGGUCGUAUCCAUCCGCUUGUUCGCGCCAAUUACCUUGCUUCUCCACCAUUAGUUGUCGUUUAUGGAUUAGCGGGAAAUGUGAACAAAGAUAUCUUCAAUGAACCGAUUGGGCACAAUGAACAAGGGAAUGCGGUCUAUUUCAAAGAUAUCUGGCCAAGCAGAGAUGAGAUCGCUGAAUUCGAAGAGAAAUACGUGAUGCCUCAAUUCUUUAAAGAAGUCUACGAAACGGUGGAAACCGGAUCACCCGAAUGGCAACAAUUAGAAACACCACAAGUGAAACUCUAUCCAUGGGACAAAGCAUCAACCUACAUCAAGAAAGUCCCAUUCUUCGAGAAUAUGACAAAAGAGCUCCCGAAACAGAGCGACAUUCAAAGUGCCUAUGUUUUGUUGAAUCUCGGCGACUCUGUCACCACCGAUCACAUCUCGCCGGCUGGCAAUAUAUCAAAGACCUCUCCAGCUGCUCGCUUUUUGGCAUCGAAGGGCCUCUCGCCGAAAGAUUUCAACACUUAUGGAGCAAGACGAGGAAAUGAUGAGAUCAUGGCUCGUGGCACUUUCGCAAACAUUCGCCUUGUCAAUAAGUUGGCCUCAAAGGUUGGACCUCAAACCACCCACGUGCCAAGCGGUGAAGAGUUGGACAUCUUUGACGCUGCUGAGAGAUAUCAAAAGGAGGGACAUUCGGUGAUCAUCCUUGCCGGCAAAGAAUACGGAUGUGGAUCGUCGCGUGAUUGGGCUGCUAAGGGACCCUUCCUGCAAGGUGUCAAAGCUGUCAUUGCGGAGAGCUUUGAGAGAAUUCAUCGAUCGAAUCUCAUUGGAAUGGGCAUCGUGCCACUUCAGUUCACUCAGGGACAAAACGCGGACAGUCUUGGACUCACUGGAAAGGAACAAUACUCGAUUGAGAUCCCGGAAACGUUGAAAGCUGGUGACAUCCUUAAAGUUCAUGUUUCCAAUGGUAACUCUUUCGAUGUUUUGUGCCGCUUUGAUACCGAAGUUGAGCUGACAUAUUAUCGUCACGGUGGAAUUCUUCAAUACAUGAUCAGAAAAUUGAUUCAA